AUGAAAAAGUGGUUUGAUACUCUGAAAAACUCUGGCGUUCGAGCCUUUCUACACGGUCACACUCAUGCUGAGAAGCACGACUAUGCAAAGUCUAUUGGGGUCCACUUCGUCGAAAAUGGUGCUGGUGGUGGGCGACAGUCUGGGAAAGUGAGUACUAUUCAGCCUUUUGCAGCCGGCCUUGUGAAGAACGAAUGGUCGUACACUAUUGGUGAGUACGGUUUCUUCUCGCUGCAGGCGUCGAAGGAUUGGAUGAAGCUUCAAUAUCACACAGCGGACAACAAGUGGAAGUUCACCGAGAAAUGGGAGGACACGACAAUUGGCGGUGUAGCGACCAAGCACUGCUGGUACAUUCCGGCUGAUGGCUCAGAGGGCAAGGCGUGCUAG